AUGUCCGCUCGCGGUGCGGCGGUGCCACACCUCCACUACUUCAGCGCCUGGUUCUGUCCUUUCGCGCAUCGCGCGACGCUGGCGUUGGAACAUCAUCACGGUCACCUGACGUACGACUGGGAAGAGGCGCUCGGCUGGGAGAAACGCAGAGCCACGGACGCGAGCGUCGAGACUGCGCACGAAAACUGGUACCACUACAAAUCACCGACGCUGCUGAAACACAACCCACUCGGGAUGGUGCCGACGCUCGUGUCGCCGGAGACGUAUAACGCGAAGCGAGGCGACGCGACGAAGAACGUGGUCACGGAGUCGUUGGUGUGCGUGCAGUUUAUCGACGAAAUCGUGAGGGGAGGGACGACACCGAUCAUGAGUAGCUGUCCGUACGAGCGAGCGCGGGCGAGAGUGGACGCGGAUUGGGUGAAUAAACAGAUAUGCAGCAAGUAUUAUCACGUGCUGGUGCGUCAGAAUCCCGCAGAGCAGCGCGAGGCGUUUGAGGCGAUUAUUGAAGGGUUGGAGAGGUUUGCGUCGUGGUGCGACGAGAAUAAGAAAUCACCGUUUUACUCCGGCGAGGCUCCUGGAUUGGUGGAUUACGCGUUGUUCCCGUGGGCUUGGCGGCUUCCGGUAUUUGAACACUAUCGCGGAGCCGACUACGCGAUUCCGAAAACCGCCGCGCUGGCUUCAUAUCACGCGUGGUUGGACGCGAUGCUGGCUCGCGAACAGGUGCGUAAAACGUUGCCCGAUUGGGCCGCGUAUUUAGAACACAUCGGUCGAUACGCCGAUGGGAGCGCCCGCUCGAAAGUCGCAAACGCCGUACGGAGCGGGCGCGCGGCUCACGAAUACGACGACGAACUUGACGACACGAAGAAAUAA